ACUGAUUGUCUGUCUGGUUUCGAUGAACACAACGACAAUGCGGUCUACACUUCAUACCCUUAUCACAGUCUCUCUGUUGGCAUUGUGUGAUGGCGUCAUGGAGACAGUGGUUGGUGUUGCAGGUAGGACGGUAUCUCUGAUCUACAGGUAUGACACCGCUACCCUGGGUCUGACAGAGGUGUGCUGGGGGAGAGGAGCACAUCCGUCUCUAUUCGGCUGUGAGAACACAGUCAUUGCUACUAAUGGAGUAGAGGUGACCUACAGGAGGUCGUACAGACACAGGUUACCAGGGAAGCUUCGGAGUGGAGAUGUCUCUCUCAUUAUCUACAACGUCGAAGAGGGAGACUCUGGGUUCUACCACUGUCGUGUGGCGCAAUCAGGACUGUUCAACGACCUGACGCACACCGUUCAUUUAAUUGUUCGACAAGAGGUGUACACGUUCGAGUUGGAUUUUGUCGAUAGCUUCGCAUGGAAUCUGAAGCGCUGUGAGGAGGAACUCUCUAACUACAGAUUCAGGAACUUCUCCUUCUUUCUCUUGGAUACCUCACCUGUCGUACCAACUGUCAUCCCAACAGUACCAGCCCAACUUCUGCCCAUCACAGACACACCUGGGUCCUCUGUUAUACCAGAAAAGAGCAGACAAGCACCUCUCGUCCCAACUGUCAUCCCAACUAUUGUCCCAACCGCGAAAGAACAACCACUGCCCAUCACAGAAACAUCUGGGUCCCUUUUCACACCAGAGAAGAGCAGAGAAGGUGAGCAAGGUCCUGCUAUGCUUUAUGACUGCACCACAGGCCCAGUAAUAGGUCUUGUCAAGGGAAUUAAGCAGAAAAUGGCAUCUCCAUCUCUGGAAAGCUACAUAGGACACACUGUCCGAGUGGGAGCAAUCGCUUUCAUCCCUGGUCUGAUCCUAGCAGUUCUUCUUAGUCUGAGGCGGUCCAGAAAUAGCCGAGUCAGAGGAGAACCUGCCAGUUCCCCCAUUGUCAGCAGCAGGAACUCUAGAGUGGAAAUACCUCUCAGUCACCAUGAUACAGAUGCCUGGAUCUAUGAUGCACCUACAGAUGUAUAGACUCAUCAAAAUAUAUGAUCAUAUAUACUAUUUCACUCAAUAAUUAAUUAAGUAUACUCAGUUCUUCAGUUUUUCAACACGUUGUGACAUUGCUUAUAUAGGACCAGGUUACUAACACUGAGUUGCCCCCCCCCCCCCCCCCC